AAGGCUGCGCGCCGCGGAGUUUUGUCCCCAGCGGCGACCCCUCCGCCCGUGGCCGCGGCGGUGGCGUCCCCGGCGGCGGCAGCCGAGCGCCCCGAAGACGCCCGGGCGGGCCCGGCGGCCUAGUGGCCGCCAGACGCGGAGGCCGGGGAACGCGGGGGAGACCCGGCGCCCUCCCGCCCUCCGGCCGCCGCCGCCCGAGGCCCCGGCCGGGCUGGGGGCGCGGCGCGCGCGCGGGAGCCGCCGGCGAUGGCGGGAGGGCACUGCGGCAGCUUCCCCGCGGCGGCGGCCGGCAGCGGCGAGAUCGUGCAGCUCAACGUGGGGGGGACCAGAUUUAGUACCUCAAAACAGACUCUCAUGUGGAUUCCAGAUUCGUUUUUUUCCAGUUUGCUGAGUGGAAGGAUUUCAACACUUCGAGAUGAAACCGGUGCUAUAUUUAUUGAUAGAGAUCCUGCAGCAUUUGCACCCAUUUUAAAUUUUCUUCGGACGAAAGAACUAGACUUAAGGGGAGUGAGCAUUAACGUUCUCAGGCACGAAGCCGAAUUUUACGGAAUCACUCCAUUAGUGCGCCGGCUCCUGCUGUGCGAGGAACUGGAGCGCUCGUCCUGCGGCAGCGUGCUCUUCCACGGAUACCUGCCCCCCCCAGGUAUUCCCAGUCGUAAAAUAAACAACACAACGAGACCCUCUGCUGCUGACUCCAGGAACGGACUGAACUCUGCGGAGGGGGAGGCUCGGGGAAGCGGCGCCCAGCCUGUCCUCUCGGGGUCGGGAGAGGAGACGGUUAGGCUAGGGUUUCCCGUGGACCCUCGCAAGGUGCUGAUCGUGGCCGGCCACCACAACUGGAUCGUCGCCGCCUACGCCCACUUCGCCGUCUGCUACAGGAUCAAGGAGUCCUCGGGGUGGCAGCAGGUGUUCACCAGCCCGUAUUUGGACUGGACCGUGGAACGCGUGGCCCUGAACGCGAAGGUGGUCGGCGGUCCCCACGGAGACAAAGACAAGAUGGUGGCCGUGGCCUCCGAGAGCAGCAUCAUCCUGUGGAGCGUGCAGGACGGCGGCAGCGGCCGCGAGAUCGGAGUGUUCAGCCUUGGCGUCCCCGUGGAUGCGCUCUUCUUCAUCGGGAACCAGUUGGUGGCCACAAGCCACACAGGGAAAGUGGGAGUGUGGAAUGCUGUCACCCAGCACUGGCAGGUCCAAGACGUCGUCCCCAUCACCAGCUACGACACGGCCGGGUCCUUCCUGCUGCUCGGGUGCAACAACGGGUCCAUCUACUACAUCGAUAUGCAGAAGUUCCCUUUGCGCAUGAAGGACAACGAUCUGCUCGUGACUGAACUUUAUCACGACCCUUCUAAUGACGCCAUCACCGCGCUGAGUGUCUACCUCACACCCAAAACAAGUGUCAGCGGGAACUGGAUCGAGAUCGCCUACGGUACGAGUUCUGGAGCGGUGCGCGUGAUCGUGCAGCACCCCGAGACGGUGGGGUCGGGCCCUCAGCUCUUCCAGACCUUCACAGUCCACCGCAGCCCGGUCACCAAGAUCAUGCUUUCCGAGAAGCACCUGGUGUCAGCAUUUAGCGGCUCUCGUGCGCUCUCUCCUCCCCCAGUCUGUGCGGACAACAACCACGUCCGCACCUGGACGGUGACGCGCUUCCGGGGCAUGAUCUCCACCCAGCCCGGGUCCACACCGCUGGCGUCCUUCAAGAUCCUGUCUCUGGAGGAGGCGGAGAGUCACGGCAGCUACUCCUCCGGGAACGACAUCGGGCCUUUCGGAGAGCGGGAUGACCAGCAGGUGUUCAUCCAGAAAGUCGUCCCCAUCACUAACAAGCUGUUCGUGAGGCUCUCUUCCACCGGGAAAAGAAUCUGCGAGAUCCAGGCAGUGGACUGCACCACCAUCUCCGCGUUCACGGUGCGGGAGUGCGAGGGCUCCAGCAGGAUGGGCUCUCGGCCCCGGCGCUACCUGUUCACGGGCCACACGAACGGCAGCAUCCAGAUGUGGGACCUGACCACGGCCAUGGACAUGGUCAACAGGACUGAAGACAGGGACGCAGGGGGCCCGACGGAGGAGGAGCUGCUGAAGCUGCUGGACCAGUGCGACCUGAGCACCUCGCGCUGCGCCACCCCCAGCAUCAGCCCCGCGACCUCCGUGGUGCAGCCCAGCCGCCUGCGGGAGUCCAGCUCCAGCCUUCAGCUGCAGCACCAGGAGACCGUCCGUGACGCGGCCACUUACGGCUCCCUGAGGCCUUACCGGGAGAGCCCCCUGCUGGCCAGGGCCAGGAGGACCGAGAGCUUCCACAGCUACCGGGACUUUCAGACGCUCAACCUCAACAGAGACAGAGAACGGGCUGUCCCUGAAAAUGCCAACUCGGGCCCCGGACACGCUGAGGUCAAGUGCACGGCGGGGGAAUGUGCCGUGACCGAGAGGAAGUCUCCGGGCGCAGAAACAAAAGGCGGGAGAGAGUCCGAGAGCGGGUUGGAAGGGCAUAAAGUGGCCGAUGCCUUCCUAGAACCCAAGAAAAGGUCGUCGGAAGAUGAAAAUGACAGCAGAGUGGAGUUAAGGAGGAAAGGGGGAUUUGAGGGAGGGGGCUUCCUGGGAAGGAAGAAGGUGCCCCACCUGGCCUCGUCCCCCAGUACCUCCGACGGCGGCACCGACUCCCCCGGCACCGCCUCGCCCUCUCCUACCAAGACCACACCGUCCCCGCGCCAUAAGAAAAGUGACUCCUCGGGCCAAGAGUAUAGCUUGUGAACGCUCACCGAAACGAGUAGUUUUUUUUUCUUUCUUCCUUCUAAAUAUGUACAUUGAUUUACGAGGGGGAAGAGGGAGAGAAGCGUUGACCAGUUACCCCCAUACAUGCCACCCCAGCUGGGGCUCGAACCCCCAACCCUCCCGUGUAUGGGAUGAUGCUCCAGCCACUGAACCACCAGCCAGGGCUGUUUUUUUUAAAAUAUGUGCUUUUUAAUUAGUAUAGGUGUUAAGUAUCUUAGACAACACUGUCCAUCCCGCGUGGACUUCCCACAGAGGUAAAGCUGAGCCCCAGGGCGCAGACAGACAGAACGUGCUCGGUGGGGGCACGGCAGGCGCUGACUAAGGAGGCGCAACGCGUUCAAGUGCUUCAGCUUUACACCCAAACUUCUCAAAUUAAAGUUGGACUUCAUCUGUUAUCUUUUUUACAGAAUUAUCUGGAGUAGGGAGAUCAAAACCUCUUUUGUCCGUUUUUGAAGUUUGCUUUCUUUUUUAAAGGUUUACAAGUACGUUUAACUGGUGAUUUGUAAAACAGGGGUCCAUUUCCAGGUGCACUUUCUCCGGGGACUGUGGGGAGAGGUGUCGUAAGCUCCCUGCUUAACGGGCAGCGCCCACUGGGAGCCUGCGGGGCGCACUCCUUCCCUCCAUCGUGCCUGAGGCACGUCUUGCAAGGUUAUCUUAAGCGAAUCACAUAAUUCUCUUUGGAGCUGAGUCUCCCGACCCUUAUUGUGAUUGCAAAGUGUUUACCUGAUGUUUAAUGAGGUGCUAUGUGUGUGACGAACUACCAUGUCUCUCAGAAACACUAUUGAUGUCUUCGAGUAGCAGACCGGAUGGUGGCGCACGUCCCUGAAGGUGGUUGUAACUGCAGGUCAUCGUCUGGUUCUCGUCCUCGGAAGCCUCACGUCUUGGCAGGCUUCACGAAUGCUAAAUGCCCAGUGUCCAUUUAAACUGCCUUUGAAGUUGGAGCAGUUGUGUGUGUUUGAGCAUAUAAAAUAAAAAUAAUACUCAUCAGGGUCAAAGCUAUGAGUGCCCAGAAGGGAACACUCUACCAGCUGCUGGUCUGCUCUGUGUUAGGGGCCACGGCGUGUGUCCUCUGUUGAUACUGAAAUUAGAAUGUGGCCACUUUGUUACACUCAUGAGACUGCAGUUCUGAAUUUGGGGUUAGAGGUUUUUGGCUGCUGUAAAAAUAAUUGUUUUGAAUAUAUUUUAAAUUGUAAGAAUAAAAGAUUUUUUUUGUUUGUUUUUUAGGGUUUUUUUUUCUCACUUAAUUGGAAUGAUUUUCAAGAUUCAGAGAGGUUUUCAAGUUUCCACAAAUAGGGUAAUUGUAAAUUUUAAGCAUUAAGCAUUUAUUGGUGAAAAAUGUAUAUAUCCCCAUUUUAAGAAAUACAAUGAGUUGAAGUUGGAAUAAAUGCUUCAAAGUUUACCAUUUUACCAGUGGUUUCACAGCCAUUCUCUUGUAUUUAUAUAUUCAUUAAGUCAAAUAAAAAUGAUUAAGACUA